CUCCCGCUCCCGCACUCGCUCCUCCGCUGCCCGCGGGGCUCACACCUGGAGGGGUGGAGGCGGCCGCGGUGUGGGGUGGGGGGCCGGGGGUCUCCGCAUGGCUGCACCCCGAGCCCAGCCCGGACCGCGAUCGGUAUAGAGGAGGCCUGGCCAGCGGUUAAUGCAGUGGAUGCGAUGGAUGAGGAGCAGCGCCCUUCCACACUACCUGGGGAGUGUGGUGCCACCCGGGACCCCAGCCUGCAGCCCGCGGAGGAGUCUGGGGUCCAGAAUGGAGUGGCAGUCAGGGAGGACCUGAGUAGUAGCCACAGCAGGCCAGGCUGUGAGCCCACAAAGGGCCCGGACGUGGCCCUUCGCGCCCUCAGCCUUGGCCUCAACCUCACCAAUGGCCUAGCCCUGGGGCCAGACUCAAAUGUUCUAGAAGAUGCAGCAGAGUCCAUGCCCCGGAGGGCUGGUGGGCCAGCAGAGGGAGCAGAUGCCGCCAGAAGCCUCUGUGCAGACACCGAGGACCCUCAGCUGGGGCCGGGCAGCCCCGAGGAGCCCGAUGUGCGGGACGGUUUCAGCACCACAUUUGAGAAAAUCGUGGAGUCGGAGCUACUGCGAGGCACCCAGUACAGCAGCCUUGACUCCCUGGACGUGCUGAGCCUCACGGAUGAGAGCGACAGCUGCGUCAGCUUCGAGGCUCCCCUCACGCCCCUCAUCCAGCAGCGGGUGCGCGACAGUCCCGAACCCACCCUGGGCUUGGGCAUGAGUGACCUGGGACCUGAGGGCGACACGGGCACGGCUGGAGUAGAGCUGGAGAGUCCCCUGCGGCGCUCCAUCUCCAGCAGCCGCUCCGAGAAUGUCCUGAGCCGCCUGUCCCUUACCUCCGUGCCCAAUGGCUUCCACCAUGACAAUGAGGACAGACUCCAGGACUUGGGCAGGGACGAAGAGGAUGAGGAGGAUGAGGAGGGGGACAAGUUGCUGAGCUCAGUCAGUGAGCCUGGCCUGCAGGAGGGCUUGUCGGACUCAGACUCGGAGCUGAGCAGCUCUGAGGGGCCCCCCACCAGCGCAGACCCCCUGGCCAAUGGGUGCCAGGGGGUGAGUGAGGCCGCCCGCAGGCUGGCACGUCGUCUCUACCACCUUGAGGGCUUCCAGCGCUGUGACGUGGCCCGGCAGCUGGGCAAGAACAACGAGUUUAGCAGGCUGGUGGCUGGGGAGUACCUCAGCUUCUUCGACUUCUCAGGCUUGAGUCUGGACCGAGCGCUCAGAACCUUCCUGAAGGCCUUCCCGCUGAUGGGAGAGACACAGGAGCGUGAGCGAGUCCUUACACACUUCUCUCGUCGGUACUGCCAGUGCAAUCCUGAGGACAGCACCUCAGAAGAUGGAAUCCACACACUCACCUGUGCCCUGAUGCUGCUCAACACAGAUCUGCAUGGACAUAAUAUUGGCAAGAAGAUGUCCUGCCAGCAGUUCAUUGCCAACUUGGACCACCUGAACGAUGGCCAAGAUUUUGCCAAAGACCUGCUGAAGACUCUCUACAACUCCAUCAAGAAUGAAAAGCUGGAAUGGGCCAUUGAUGAGGAUGAACUGAGGAAGUCUUUGUCAGAGCUAGUGGAUGACAAGUUUGGAACCGGCACGAGGAAGGUGACCCGGAUUCUGGAUGGACGCAAUCCUUUCCUGGACGUGCCACAGGCCCUCAGUGCAGCCACUUACAAACACGGGCUGCUGACACGCAAGACCCACGCUGACAUGGACGGCAAGAGGACGCCCCGUGGGAGGCGUGGCUGGAAGAAAUUCUACGCGGUGCUCAAAGGGACCAUCCUGUACCUGCAGAAGGAUGAGUACAGGCCUGACGGGGCACUGUCCGAGGGUGACCUGAAGAACGCCAUCCGCGUGCACCAUGCUCUGGCCACCAGAGCGUCCGACUACAGCAAGAAGUCCAAUGUGCUCAAGCUGAAGACGGCCGACUGGAGGGUCUUUCUUUUCCAGGCUCCGAGCAGAGAGGAGAUGUUGUCCUGGAUCCUGCGCAUCAACCUGGUGGCUGCUGCCUUCUCAGCCCCGGCCUUCCCCGCCGCUGUCAGCUCCAUGAAGAAAUUCUGCCGGCCACUGCUGCCCUCCUGCUCCACUCGCCUCUGCCAGGAGGAGCAGCUGCGUUCCCAUGAGAACAAGCUGAGGCAGGUGAUGGCAGAACUGGCGGAGCACCGGGGCCAGCCCCUGGACAGGGGUGCCAAGUCCAAGGAGGCAGAGGAGAGCCGGCUGAAGGAGCACUACCUCAUGUUCGAGAAAAGCCGUUAUGAGACCUAUAUCCACCUCCUGGCUGUGAAAAUCAAAGUGGGCUCUGAUGACCUGGAGCAGAUUGAGGCCCGGCUGGCCACCCUCGAAGGAGAAGACCCUUCUCUUCGCAAGACACAUUCAAGCCCAGCCCUCAGCCAGGGCCAAGGACCUGUGGCCAGUAGCAAAGUUGUGAAGGAUGCCCCAGGGCCUGACACCUAGCUGGCACAGAUGGACAGGCCCCAAGGCUGGCAAAUGCCCCCAGAGGGGUCACUGAGCACAAUGCAGCCAGGGGUUGCUCCAUCCAGCUCUACUGCAUAGUUGAUGGGCAGAUACAGAGGUGUGGGGGGCCCCACCUGGGCCAAGGAGAUGGAGAGGCGGUUUCUGGUAUUAACCCUGUACCCUGGGGCUCCUCUGGAUUUCAGCCUCUGUCCCCAUCUCUGGUGUUACUCUCCAUCACAGAGUAUCAUUUGAUAGGACAGUGUUUGGGUGCUCUAGACACCAGGUCCCUGGAGGAGCCUGAAGAGGUUCACUUCUCAAGCUGCUUCUUACUAGUUCUUCCCCCCACCCUUCUGCAUUACUUUUGUUCCAAGGGUAGGACUUAGCCCCCAGGCUCAGCCAGGAUGCCCACUUGCUCUCCUCCUCCUCCUUCUUAGCUGAACAGUGGGUUUGCAGACCACCAGCAUGGUCCUGUUCUCCCUCCACCCUGCAGCAUCUGGAACUGGGACCUGGGCCUGCCUGCAUGGUGCUGUCACGCUGUUUCGACUUUCAUCAGUGUCCACCUCACCUACCAUUUGUGAGGUCCCUGAUGGUUUCUUUUCUAUGGACAUAGAUGUACAGAUGUAAGAACGACAUAAACGAGGCACCCUUGUAAAGAUGGGGCUAGAACUUGCUCCCAGGUAGAGGUCAGAACAAGAGGAAAGAAAGCCUGUUUCAACUCCCUGCCUGUUAGUGAGAAAGGCACAGUCUGGCCCCUCUGGAGGAAAGAUAGGGACAGUACUGGCUUGCUCCAGUCCCACUUCCACUCUUUCGGCUGACCUGUGACUCAUACAUGCUAUUACAGUUGAUGCUUUGGAAGAAUUACUGUGCAUUUGUAUAUGCGCCAUCCAUCUGUGCCAUAGGCAGCCUGGCUGUGAGAGAGAUGGGACCAAGGCCUGUUUCUCUUUUGAUCUUUAUGUUGCUGCUGCCAGAUUUCUGCACUCCAGAGGGGGCCUCUUGUACAGGUCUACUGCCACAAAAACAAAAGACACUGCCUUGCAAAGAGCCACUUCUCAAUAAGCCCAAAGAUGUUGGUGACUGAAGCUUAUGGAAGCCAUUAGUUGUUGUUCUUGGGAAAAGGUGGAAGGACAAGUUUCUGAUUAUCUUUUAGGUUGGCUCUUCUAGUAUCUCAGAAACAGUAAGGACAUGUCUGAGAAUAAUAGAGAAAUUUGCUGUGUAUGAUUGCAGACUAGCAUCCUUUGAUGCCAGCAUUCCUAGUGCUAACAAAUGAUGGU